AGCCCCCCCCUGGAAAGAGAAAAAAAUUGAAGCCCCCCUUGGACAAAUUCCUGAAUACGCCCCUGUUCAAGGCAAUAUCUCUCCAACCGUCAAGAUGGUUUUCAUAUACAAGAAUGAGGGUGAAUCCAUUCACCCUAAGCUAGCUACUCUACACUUUUAUUUACAGAAGCAUUUACAUGCUUAUGCUAUGCUAAGUAUAAUAAAAUAUCAGUGCCAGUUGUUGUUUGUUUAGGUAAGGGAGGAUUUAAAAUCUCGUGGUCGUGACUGUGCUACAGAACUGCUCUUUGUUCCACAGAUACUACCACACUUGACCAAGGCAAUAUUUGUUGACAACGAUGUAAUAUUUAUGCGUCCAGUUGAACAACUUUGGUAUGAGUUUGACCAGUUUCAUCAACAUGAGAUUGCUGGAAUAACUUUUUGCAGACCCAUAUAUGCAAAAUAUAUGGAUGUACCAUCAUAUGGAGAGAGAGGUUUAAAUACAGGAGUUGUACUACUAAAUUUAGACAGAAUGCGGAACACUGAAAAAAGUUGGACUGACACCAUCCUGGCACUUUAUGUUAAGUACCAGAAAAAAAUGAGAUUGGGAGAUCAAGAUAUUUUUAACACAUAUUUUAACCAAAACCCUGAGAAAGUGUAUGAUCUAGACUGUACUUGGAACUAUAGAGAAGCACUCUGCAGCAAGGGUAAGAAUUUUUGCCCAUCAGCUGGGGAAUCUGGAGUCUCUAUUCUUCAUGGAAAUGGCAAAAUGUUUGCUUUGGGUGCAGAGAUGAAAUUACAAAGCAUCUUUGAAACCUUUGAAAGAUUUGAGUUGGGAAAUUGGAGUUCAUCACAACUUUAUCAACAAGUUGAAUUCAAUCUUGCACAGGUUGAUACACAUAACUUAAAAAGUAACUGCAAGAACACUCCUGGAAUUGAUGAUGUCCUUUUAAAGCAGCUGAACAAAUCUAUUCUAGAACUAGAAUCAAUUUAAAUUACAAUUAUAUCAUUUUUACAAUAAAAACUGAAAACUAG